CUGGCAGAGCAGCAAAACGUGGACCAAAGUCUCUUUUCGCAACAACAACAACUCUCCCACCUACGCAUCUCUUCUCUCAUAGACAAUCCACGCGUUAUGGCGACCAGAAACCGCUUCAAGGCCGAAGUGCCCAUGUCCGAACUGUCGCAAUUCUCGUCACCUUCAUCGACCACAGGCAGCACAAAUCGCCAACAGAACGCACCCUCAUCACCAUGGUCUCCCACCUUCCUUGAGGGCAUCCUGCUGGCCAUCUACCCCUUCACGCUAGUCCUGGGCUCGCUGUUCAGUGUUCUCAACACCACGACGCGCAACACGCCCUACAGCGGCGACCUCCAGUCCCACCCUCCAAACAUCGCACCCUCAUACUUUGCCCUCAAGUCAAACGUCUUCAACGUCUAUUUUGUCAAGAUUGGCUGGUUCUGGAUCACAGGCGCCUUUUUCCUCUUCUGCUUCACCCACAGCUCUCUAGGUCCUCGCUUCAUACCCACGCUUACACCCCGUCGCAUCCGCGCCCUUGUCCGCUACACUGCUGUGACAGCCGUGUGGUGUGCCGUCACGCAAUGGUUUUUCGGUCCUCCUAUCAUCGACCGCGGCUUUAGACUCACCGGCGGCCAAUGCGCAAUCAUCUACUCCGACGACCCCAUCAACAACUACAAGCAAAACCAAAUGAGCGACACCAGAGAAAUCUUCACUCAUGCUGCUUGCAAGGUCGCCGGUGGCUCUUGGAGAGGUGGCCACGAUAUCAGUGGCCAUGUCUUCAUUCUAAUCCUCGGCUCUGCAAUGCUCUGGCUCGAAAUUCUACCCGACGUUCUCAGAAAUGGAGGAUUACGCGAAGACCGCCGUAUUCGUAUGCAUGAUGGUGCUGUCAAGACUGCUGCUGUGGAAACCCAUGACGAAAAGGGCAAUGUACACGUUCCUGGCGAGCUGGGCUUGGGCGUUAGAGUUGCUUUGUGCAUUGCUGGUCUCAGCUGGUGGAUGUUGCUCAUGACUGCUGCAUACUUCCACACCUGGCUGGAGAAGUUUACUGGCUUGGUUGUUGCGUUCAGCGUCAUCUACGCUGUCUACUUUGUUCCCAGAGGUCUCCCUGCACUAAGAAGUGUAUUAGGUAUGCCUGGUGUAUAAAGAUAGUAUGACGAGGAGCACAGCAUGUGAGCGAAUUGAUAUCUCCCUCUAGCAUCAUCAACGGUUGGUUAUACAGCAUAUACUUUGAAGAAAACAGUACACUUUCACACUCGCAAGAACUAGAUGUGCAACCCCCA